AUCCCCUCUUUUACUUUCUAGGGUUUCCAGUGAAGCCAAACGAAAUCCCAACUCGCAGUCACAGAAGCUAAACUUCGGAGCCAAGAAAAAUGGGAGGCAAGUGCCCACACAGAAGCGUCAAGAAAAGGAGAUACUCUCACAAGACCCACCGCCGCGCCAAAUUUCUCGUCAAAGGUGAUGAUAUGGUGUAUGAUGGUCUGAAUAAGGCAGAUGAGCAGACGAAGCCAUUGCCUCCUGAUCAAGAUCUCCCUGGGAUGGGUCAAUUCUACUGCCUUCACUGCGACCGAUACUUCAAUAAUGCAGCGGUGAGGGAUGACCAUUUCAAGACAAAGCGUCACAGGAGGCGUGUAAAGCUGCUGAUGGAAGCACCACAUACCCAGCUGGAUGCUGAUUUAGCUGCUGGGAUGGGUAUGCCCGAUAAUGGUCCCAAGCUUAUGUCUUUCUGAGCUUUCUUAUUUUUGCUUUUAUAUUCCUUGUAGUUGAAGAUACAUGAUACAUGCUGAUGUUGUAAGAAUGGUCUCUCUCUAUAAGAAAUAGUUGUUACUUGUUUGUGAAGUACAAGUGCAUGAUUUUU